CUCCACUUGAGGGGCACGGUGAGCUCUUCAAAUCCUAAACCAUGAAAGUAGCAGUAGCAACAGCAGCACAAAAUUUUCCCCAAUUUAAACCUAAUCGCCCGGCCCUAACUCCUCCACCGUCCUCCGCCGCCUGCCGCCGCCACCUCUCCGUCGGACUCCGCCGGAACCGCCAAAUUCCUCUCAAAUCGCACCAAUCCCAAACGAAUCCCCAAACCGUCACCAAAUCCGCCGGAGACGACGACGGAAUCCCCAACGAGCACGUGAAAAUCCUCGCGAAAUUCAAAUCCAGGCACAACUACAUCCGAGUCCUCCAAGUCUCACGCGCCGCCGACCAUCCGCUCGCCGGAUCGAGGCUCCUCCUCCUCGACGCCCCAGGCAACAUCCACAGCAUCUCCUUCCUCUUCAAAUCUCUCACCAACGCCUACUACGACGUCUUCGCCACUCUGCCUCCGAUUCUCCCCGCCGGACCCGUCGGAAUCCUAGGAUUCGGCGCCGGCUCCGCCGCGAGGAUCCUUCUCGAUCUCUACCCCCAAACCUCGAUCCACGGCUGGGAGAUCGAUCCGUCCGUCCUCGCCGUCGCGCGCGAGUACUUCGGACUGGAGAAAUUGGAGAAGAAACACUCCGGUCGGCUCGUAAUUCACACCGGAGACGCGUUGGACGCCGACGUACCUAACGGAUUCGCCGCCGUGCUGGUGGAUCUGUUCAGCAAAGGCUGCGUGAUUCCGGAGCUCCAGGACGCCGCGACGUGGGAGAAAUUGAGGAGAACGUUGAGGAAAGGCGGGAGAAUUAUGGUGAACGUCGGCGGGGACUGCGUCGAGCCGGAGGAUAUAAGGAAGGACGGCGGCGCGAUAAUGGAGGCGACGUUGAAGGCGAUGCAGGAGGUGUUCCCUGGGGAGGUGAACGUGCUGCGAGUAGGUAGCCGGAAGGACGACAGCGCGGUUGCUAUGACCGGCGGUCUGCCGGACGCCGGCAGGUGGAAGGCGGUGCUGACAAGGCCGUUGAAGUUCUACGUUGAUCUGUGGGAGCCGUACGGGUGAGAAUUAAUGGCUGCCGGUUAACUGUUCGACGAAAUGCUCCAAAGGAAAAAAGCAUAUUUAUAUGGUUCUUUGUUCGGGUAAACGGACACCACUCCCUCUUUUGAGCAAAAUCAGUUCGGAAAAUCCGGUGGGGCAGUUACUGGCAAUAGCUAAAUCGACACUGCUGUGCACCCUCGAAGACUCAUUUCUCUCUCUAUAUCUACCCGCCAUCGCCGGUUGUCUUCUGUCUCCGGUGAAUAUUGACAUUGGAGGUUAGUAACUCUAUUUCGAAUGAAUUUGUUUUGGAUUAGAUAGGAAAUAGUUAUUUUGUAGGAAAUGUUGUUGGAAGUCUUUCGGUAGGUCGCGUUAAACGAGUAAGUUUUAUUUUAGACACGAAGUAGUAGUUUGGAAAAUCUUUUGGUCGAUUCUAAAGAUGAAAGAAGAAGGUCGAAGUUUUGAAAAUUUGUUGCUAUCCAUCCUUGUGCAAGUUCACUACAUUAGGGAAAAUUUAUAAGAAUAUAUGAUUUUAGUAUUUAAGAUUGUUGAAUUGGUAAUAGCAUUGAUAUAGUGACGAGAAAUCGUUAAUAUCCGUAUAAGAUUGAUAGGUUUCGAUGGAUAUGAAAGAAAGUAGUCCAAAAUUAAUUAGAAGAGGGUACCUUGCUCGUGGAUCUUUACGAGAAUCUAUCGAAAAGAUGAAAUAACGUAAUUAUGGAGGUUGUAAAACUCCAAUAUAUUGCACCAAUUUAGAGAAAUUAUGUCACAUUGUCGUGCAUUGAUAUUGUCACGAAUGUGGAGAAUGCAUAUUUUGUAUUCACGAGAUCAUCCUAUGAUGCUCGUGAUUGUACGUUUGGUAUCCGCACUUGCAAUUUGGAAUACACCUGUAAUAUGAGUAUUUUGCGAUCCCGAGAUGAUCUAUAUGCAGACGCAAAUUGGAUAUUAACUUUAUUAGAGAUAAGAUACGCGUAUAAGGCAUCUGAAAUUCGGUAGUAUAUCCAAACCGAUUAUGGGAAUGAUGACAUGUUUAUUGUAGACAUAUUUUAUAGUCACUCCGUCCGCCUCUGUGGGUUACAUUUAUUAUUCGCGUCAUUGUACUUAACAUAAGUAUUUUUGUAAUAUAUAUUUUUUUUAAUUUG